UUGCAAGAGAUAUGUGGUGCUCUUGAAAUAUAUCGAUAUUAGUUGAGAUUUUUAUAUAACGUCCUAACCUCGAACUUUGCUGUGGUUUUGUCAAAUGUGCCCGCCGUGUCUACUGACCACCCGUGAAUGGACGAGAAAAUGUUAGCGUCAAGUUCAGUCUUCGGAACGGAUCCAACUUAUAUCCCCGACUAUCUUCCUGCUUUUGAUGCGGCUAGAGUGAGCAGGGCCGGCGCACUUGCACAAACAAUUUUUAUUGGUCAAGUUUAUGCGAUAUCUUAGUCUCAUUCUUUUUCAGGUCUGAAUCUUACAGCACACAUUAUGAGUGGGGCACACAAUAGCCGUGCUCAAAAUCAAGCUACUUCGGAACCAUUUGGAAAUGCCCCUCGUUUAGGGCAUCACAACAACCCUCAGCAACAUUAUCAAAGAGCAGGUACUCCACCGGAUAUGUAUAUGAUGUCCUAUGGACAGCAGACACCACCUACACCACCAGGCUCAGUCUGCAGCUAUUCCACACUGAAUCUAGAUCUUCAAUCCAAGUGCAGCUUCUGUAACGCCCUUGGGUGUGAACUCUAUACUGCAAAGAAAACUAACCAUGAGUUGAUGAUGAAAUUGAUGGCAAAGAAUGUAGAAAUAGAGAGGCUUACAGAAGAGGCUUUAGCAUGUCGGCGCAAGAAAGAUACAUUUGAGAAGAAAUACUUGAAUUUAGAGGAGAUGUAUUCAGGCUUAGAGGAAAUCAAUGCUCUUUUAAUGCAGGAAAGAGAUGAGCAAGAGAGUGCUCUUCAAAGGAUGCUUGCAAACUUAAGUAGAAAUUCAUCUCUAGUGUCUAAGAUUAAUAAUAAGGAUGAAACAGAUUCUGUAGAUUCUUCAGAGAGUGAAGAGUCCUCAAGCAAACCUCAUCAUUCUGCAAGGAAGGGCAAUGACAGCCGCACAGGACGUGAUCAAGACAGCACUGAAGCAAUGGCUGGAUUUCAAGGAAGAACAAAACCAACAGAGCCCUCAAGAAACAGGCGUUCUAACGCGGAAGGUGAAUGGAACAACCAAGAAAUUCGUCCUAACAGAAACCUUGGUCCUAGACCUAAUCCUCACAGGAGUUCAGAAGGUCAUGGUAGAUCUCAAGAUGGAAGUAAGUCCAAUGAGAAUAGAUUCUACCAAGCUCCUGUGGACCGUUCCAAGGAUUGUGCUGGAAAGGAAGAUGGAUCCUGCUCUCAAUUUGCUGAUGUAGUUAGGGAAGUGAAAGGAGACUUAUUUGACAUGCCUGUGGAGUAUGCUCUAGCUCAUUGUGUGGGCUCUGACUUCAUUAUGAGCUCUGGUGUUGCUGUAAAUUUCAGGAAAAAAUUCAGGCAAGUCCCAGAACUGUUGGAACAAAAUAAAAGGGCUGGCCAGGUUGCAUUCAUCAACUGUAGUGGCCGGUACAUUUAUUAUUUGGUGACAAAACUUGCAAGCACUGGCAAACCAACCUGGGAGGACUUUGAAAGUGCAGUGAUUGAAUGGAGUGAGCUUUGUGUAGAACAUAAUGUCACCAAAAUUGCUAUUCCCAAAAUUGGAUGUGGUCGUGAUCAACUUGACUGGAGCCGAGUGAAAAACCUCCUCAAUAAACAAUUUUCCAAAAGUGGGAUUGAAAUUACUGUCUGUUUGAUUGAUCAAGAGGCUGCACCUCCCCAAAAGUGGAACUUAAAGCUGGUUCAUCACAAGGGGCCACUGUCUACUCUGGAUCCAAGAGAUUGUGCUCUUGUGUUCAUUGCGAGUAAGGAUAACUUUUUCAAUGAAUCGAUUCGCAGACUGGCCAGCAAAUACGGCUUUACAUCAGAUUAUAACUCCAGCCGCCUUGGUUUGGGUAGCGUCUAUCAAUACACUAAUCUUGCUACAAAGAUAAAUGUGUUUGGUCUAGUUGUGAAGGAAAAGCAUGAUGAUCCCAUUUCCUUCACUGCUGUGGGCAAAUGCCUGCAAGACCUGAGAAGGAUUUCGAAGAAAAUGAAGCUGUAUUAUAUGGGAUUUGAAGCAUUUGAUGACCCUAAAUUUGUUACUGUGACUCGUAAGCUUUGGACUGCCGUCAUAGACACAUUUUUUAUCGAAGAUAUUGAAGUUUACUUUUGUUGGCCAGAAGAUGUCAAGGAGAAGAAUUGGGAAGAGCGAGCUUUGCAUUGAGUUGAGUUUAUACACACCCAAGUUGAUGGAUGAAAAGCUUUCCUUGGACCUUUCUCUAAGAAAACUUUUGUAAACUUGUUCAGCUGAAUUAACAGAGGAGUAGUUAUGGUGCUGGCAAUACAAUACUACAUAAAAAAGAUGUUAUUUCCAUGUGACACAUUGUUUUAUUUCAAAGCUCAUACAAAGGUGAGUUUGCUCAUUUACAUAUGUACACACUUGUAGUAUUAAUGAGUGCUUAACUGUCUCUCUCCUGUUUCCAAAUCAUGCAAUUUUCCACCCAAUCUUAUGGUGAUGUGAUUUUUUUUUCCAAAGUAUCUUCCCAAAAGAAAAACUUAAUUUAUUUUUCAAAAAAUCUAUCAUGCUCAGGUGUUACAAAUAAAGAAAAAAAGAAUCAUAGUUAUCUGUUAUUUAUUUAUUCACAGUAUCUAAAGUCACUCAGUAUCACAAACUUUGCAUAUUUGUUUGCUGUUUCUACAAACAAUUGUACAUCAUUCCUGACAACAUUGACGAAGGUUAAAUAUUCAAUUAUCAAACAUUAUAAUGCUUAAAUUUCUCUUUACAUUGGAAAAUGUGUUUUCCACAAUAUUCAUUGAGCAUCAAGAGUUUUCUUGUUUAAUUUCAGUGAUCUUUGAUAUCUUGGCAGCGUAUGAGGAAACAUCUGUCAGUCAUUGUUGCGAAAUAUAAUAUCCUUAUAUAAACUACGACUGAGUCUUUUGACAUCUUUUUAUUCUUUACAUUCAGAUAUGCAUUUUAAGAAAGGCUCAUUGUUGUGAUUAGAUCUGAGGUUACUGCUUAAAAUUGACAUCAAAGAAAGUAUUUGUUUUAUGUGCAUGGCUGUAGUGUUUUGUUUUCUUCAUUUUCAUGUCCCCCUAUUUGUAAAAUAAACAUUUAAAACAUUCCA